AUGGUGACGGCGGUGGCGGCAGCCGGUGACCCUCGCCUGGUCCGCAACACAUGCAUUAUGGCGCACGUAGACCACGGGAAGACCACGCUAGCCGACCACCUAGUGGCGUACGGCAGCGGCGGCGGCCUCCUCACCCCCAAGUGGGCUGGCCAAGCCCGCGUCAUGGACCAUCUGCCGGAGGAGCGGGCGCGGGCCAUCACCAUGAAGUCCGCCGCGGUGGCGCUCCGCCACGGCGCCCACCGCGUCCACCUCAUCGACUCCCCCGGCCACCUCGACUUCUGCUCCGAGGUCUCCGCCGCCGCGCGGCUCGCCGACUCGGCGCUCGUCCUCGUGGACGUCGUCGACGGCGUCCACGUCCAGACCCACGCCGCGCUGCGCAAGGCCUUCGCCGAGCGCCUCCGCCCCUGCCUCGUCCUCAACAAGCUCGACCGCCUCGUCACCGAGAUGCGGCUCGAGCCCGAGGAGGCGUACCGCCGCCUCCGCCGCAUCGUCGCCGAGGCGAAUUCCGUGUACUCCGACCUGCGCUCGGGGUCCUACUUCUCCUCCCUCCUCGACGGGCCCGCCCACGCGCAGGACGUCGACGACGGGGACGGUGACGAGGACGCCUUCGUGCCGCACAAGGGCAACGUCAUCUUCGCCUGCGCCCGUGACGGCUGGGGAUUCCGAGUCCACGACUUCGCCGUUCUGUACGCCCAGGCUCACCCCGACAUGGCGAGCAAAUUGCUGGGAGGGCUCUGGGGGCCGUACUGCUGGGACAAGAAGAACAGGAAGGUUGUGGGGAAAGAGGCCAUGGCCAGCCAGCAGCCAAUGUUUGUAGAGCUCGUGCUCAAGCCGCUAUGGAAGGCCUACAAGGAGGGUCUGAAGGAGGAUGGCGCAAGCUGGCUCCGCGAUCAGGUGGUCUCGAGGUACAAUCUGAAGGUGUCACAGCGCGAGCUUCAGAACAAGGAACCUGAGAAGGUGCUGCAAGCCGUGCUGAAGGCCUGGCUGCCUCUUGCAGAAACGGUCAUGACGAUGCUUGUGGAGUGUACUCAGGACCCUAUUGCUGCCCAGAGAUUCAGAGUGCCCAAGCUUAUGCCCGAGAGAGAGCUGGCGCCAGGGGUUGCUGCAGAGCAUGCCGGCAUUGUCGCCGAGGCUGACAAGGUGAGGAGGUGCAUCACGGCCUGCAGCACCAGUGCAAGGGCACCUCUGGUGGUGUUCGUGUCCAAGAUGUUUGGGCUGGCAUACAAGGAUCUGCCACCCAGUGGGGUGGAUGGAGAGCUGCUCAACCACACCACCAGUGGAUCAGAUGAUGAGUGUUUCCUGGCAUUUGCGCGGGUCUUCAGCGGCGUUCUCCGUGCCGGGCAGAAGGUGUUUGUGCUGUCGCCGAUGUAUGAUCCUCUGAAAGGGGACACAACAGGCAAGCAUUUGAAGGAGGUGGAGCUGCAGUACUUGUAUGAGAUGCAGGGACAGGACCUGAGGGCGGUUGCCAGCGUAGGCGCCGGGAAUUUGGUUGCCAUCCAGGGCCUCGGUGACCACAUCAUGAAGACGGCCACAUUGUCAUCCACGAAGAACUGCUGGCCUUUCGCGAGCAUGAUGUUCCAGGUUUCUCCAUUGCUUAAGGUCGCCAUUGAGCCGUCCAACCUGGCUGAUCUGGGAGCAUUUGUUAAUGGGCUUAGGCUACUUAACCAGGCAGACCCAUUGGCUGAGUGCACCCAAGAAAAUGGCCAGUAUCUCCUCGCCGCAGCGGGGAAGGUACAUUUGGAGCUUUGUAUAAAGAAUCUGAAUGAGAGAUUUGCAAAAAAUGUUAAACUGAAUGUCUCAGAGCCCUUGGUAUCAUUCAAGGAAACCAUCCAAGGAGAAGCUGUUGGUAAUAUGGAGAGCCGGAAGGGUCCACAGGAAUUUAUUGAGAGGACUGCUCCAGAUGGAAAAUUUGCUGUGAGAGUUAAAGUCAUCAGGCUUCCGAAUGCUCUGACUAAGGUCCUUGAGGAAAAUGAAAAAUUGCUUUCCCAAACAAUUCAGGGGCAAACAGCGAGAAGCGACGGAGCAACAGGUUUACAAUGUUCUCAGGAUGAUGGUGGUUCCAUGGCAAAACUUAGGCAGCAUAUGCUCAGUGCUAUAGACCGGGAACUGGAAGUGAUUUCUAUGCAAGUGGAUAAAUUAAAGGUUGAGCGCUACAGGAAGACACUGCUUGGAUACUUGCAGAGAAUCUGGGCCCUAGGUCCUUUGCUCGUCGGUCCAAACCUCCUCCUCUCUCCUGAUGCAAGAUCAAGCAGUGGUGCGAUAACCAGCCAAGAUGGAAGAGAGGGUAUUCUUGUGUGCGGUACAUGUCACGUCUCGGAGAUAUUGGGUUUUGUGAGUGUGUCUGAUGCAGAAACCAGCAAUGGCAUUGCUAACAGUGAACCAUCGACAGGUGCUCCUGAUCAUGAGACACUAAGGAACAUCGUUGUCUCGGGAUUUCAGGAGGCCACAAGCUCAGGGCCUUUGUGUGAUGAACCUAUGUGGGGUCUGGCAUUCAUCAUUGAGCCCUACAUAUUCACUCACAGCGCAGAUAAUGCCAAUCGCUCUUACGAGCACAAAUCAGCAGUCAGGGAAGCAUGCCGGGCAGCAGUGCUUCAGAGCAAGCCAAGACUAGUCCAACCCAUGUAUUUCUGCGAAUUGAUCACUCCCUCGGUGUAUUUAGGUGCAGUCUAUGCUGUUCUUGGUGAUUGUCGAGCAAAGGUGCUGAAAGAAGAGAUGCAAGAAGGAACUUCACUGUUUACGGUGCAUGCCUACCUGCCAGUUGCUGAGAGCUCUGAAUUCUCUGAGAAGCUUAGGAGCGCAACUUCAGGUGCAGCCAGUGCACGCCUUGCUUUGAGUCACUGGGAAGCUAUUCCUCAAGACCCCUUCUUUAUCCCGAAAACUCAGGAGGAGAUUGAGGAAUUUGGAGAUGGUUCAAACAUGGGACCAAACUUGGCUAAGACACUCAUCAACUCGGUGAGGCGGAGAAAGGGGCUACACGUUGAGGACAAGGUCGUGGAGCACGGCACAAAACAGCGCACUCGUGCUAAGAAAGUGUAG